AGCUUAUCAGACACCUUCCGUUCAGGUAUGCAUGGUAAAUGCCAGAGCCAUGGGUGCAGAUCAGGUUGAUGUCUAUGAAGACUUCCUUCUUCAGCCCUAGCAGUGUCACCACAUCAGUACAGAUAAGAGGGAGGCGAGGUGUGCCUUCUUCCCCAAGCCUUCCCAAUGAGUGCCAGGAUCUCCAAGCAGCUGAGGCUCUCCAUGCCCCCUUGCUUGCUGAAUAGGACCUCUUCCACCAACACCACCAGCUGUGUGACCGAAGUGGAGCCUUUGUUCCAGUCCUUCUCCUCCACUCUGGUCCUGAUCGUCCUGGCCACUGUGAUCUUCUGCCUGGUGGUUCUGUCCCUCAGCACCUUCCACCUGCACAAGAGCAAGAUGAAAAAACGUAAAAUAGAGAAAGCCCAGGAAGAAUACGAGAGGGAUAACUGCAGCCCCAAGGCAGAAAGGGGCAACAGACAGCCAAGUAAGGCUCAAGACCCUGGUGGCCAUGACUCCCCCGAAAUCCAGAGAAGAGACCAGAGCCCCAUCAAUCCCUAUGCCAGGGUGACCGAGCAGCCUCAAAGGGAAGCUUUAAUUUUGGACAAUGCCAAUGAGGACUUGCUGCAAUCCGUGGUCUUGUCAUGAUCUUGAGGGCACUAAGAGGCACUGUGUUGUACAUAUUUGGUGACACCGUCCUGGGAAAAAAUAAAUCAUUAAUAAUAAUAAUAUCGAUACAAAGCGCAUGAUUACAAAUCCAUAUUGCGUUACCAUACAAGAUGACAAAAAAAUGGGGUUAGUCUUAUUUUCUUUUUUCUUUUCUGGAGAGGAAAGGUGCACAAUGAGACCAAAAUACCAUCUUGCUUAAGGAAUCCCAUCCUGCUGUAUAUAAGAGUCACCCAGGAUACCGGUACCUCUCUGUAUGAGUUAUAUUCUAUGUCAUCCUAUCAAUCCACACACAAACUGGACGGACAGACAGACAAAGAAGACAGCAAACGCUUGGGGAGUCCUAGUGUUUAAGAUGCAUUGUGGAGGCUUUAACAAUGGAGAGAACAAAAAAACUCAGAAUACAAUAACAUAUAGAAAGCAAAUAAUGUCUACUUUAUUUCUUAUUUUCUAAUAUAACGUUUGCCUUGUGGAGCUUAAAUCAAGUAUUGGUAGGUAAUCUCAAGCGCUGCACCUUGCUACUACUCUAGCUUUCCAGUUCCUUGGUUAGUGGGGAGCUGUCCACUGUGUGUGGUGCUGAAGCCCAGCCGCACAGAUUACUGGGGAGCUGUCCACUGUGUGUGGUUCUGAAGCCCAUCAGCACAGUUUACUGGGGAGCUGUCCACUGUGUGGUGCUGAAGCCCACCCGUACAGUUUACUGGGGAGCUGUCCACUGUAUGUGGUGCUGAAGCCCAUCCGCACAGAUUACUGGGGAGCUGUCCACUGUGUGUGGUGCUGAAGCCCAGCUGCACAGUUUACUGGGGAUCUGUCCACUGUGUGUGGUGCUGAAGCCCAGCCGCACAGUUUACUGGGGAGCUGUCCACUGUAUGUGGUGCUGAAAACCAACCGCACAGUCUAGUAUUAAUUACAGUUAGUGGGGAGCUGUCCACUGUUUCUAGUGCUGAAGCCCAGCCGCACAGCUUCCUGGGGAGCUGUCCGCUGUAAGACCAACCGCACAGUCUAGUAUUCAUUACAGUUAGUGCGGAGCUGUCCACUGUUUCUAGUGCUGAAGCCCAGUCACACGGUCCUUUAUUCUUUGUGGUUAGUGGGGAGCUGUCCACUGUGUGUGGUGCUGAAAGCCCAGCCGCACAGUCUAGUAUUCCUUGCGGUUAUUGGAGAGCGGUCCACUGUUCCUAGGGCUGAAGCCCAUUAGCACAGUCCAGUAUUAUUUGUGGUUAGUGGGGAGCUGUCCACUGUGUGUGGUGCUGAAGCCCAGUAGCACAGUCCAGUAUUCUUUGCAGUUAGUGAGGACCUGUCCAUUGUAUGUGGUGCUGAAGCCCAGUAGCACAGUCCAGUAAUCUUUGCAGUUAGUGAGGACCUGUCCAUUGUAUGUGGUGCUGAAGCCCAGUAGCACAGUCCAGUAUGCUUUGCAGUUAGUGAGGACCUGUCCAUUGUAUGUGGUGCUGAAGCCCAGUAGCACAGUCCAGUAUUCUGUGCAGUUAGUGAGGACCUGUCCACUGUAUGUGGUGCUGAAGCCCAGUAGCACAGUCCAGUAUUUUGUGCCGUUAGUGGGGAGCUGUCCACUGUGUGUGGUGCUGAAGCCCAGUAGCACAGUCUAGUAUCGCUUUCAGCUCUCUAUUAAGUUCUCUCUCCUUUACUUCUCUUUUGCCUUCAUUGAACACAUGUCCUGUUUGCUUAACUCCUGUCUAUGACCUGUACUUGUUGUACACAGAGAUAUUACAGUUUUUUUUGUACAAAGAAAAUUAUUAGGUGAUGUGCAAGUGCAGUCCUGAAGUGCAGUUAUGCAGUGACUAAUCCCAAAUAUCGAUAUGAUUUUCUUUGUUAUGUUGGAAAACAUGUGCCCUUAUUUUACCUCCUAUUGAUACUGAGGCGAACAUAGCUCUGUACUAUGCACUCUUUAAUGUAUGCUUUUGUUUUACUGCUGCUGAGGGGGGUGGGCGGACUGAGCAAACUCAAUUCAGUGGCAUGGAUUAGCUUCUAUUGUUACAGGAAUAAAUUUUAUAUAUUAAGCUUA